AAUUCUUCAAAAUGGCGGCUGUCGGUUGCUUUACGUGAGAGUAAAUUUUUGGAGAAGUGAAGAAAUAGCAUUUAAAAAAUGAAUUUCCUUAGAACUCCAGAGGACAGCACUGCUGUUGUGAGAAUCAUGGGUGAAUUCGAUCAAUUUCUAACGAGUGACCCAAGGAGCCGGCUGACUUAUGAAGAUCCAUCAAGCGAUGGACAUGAGCAAAGUCAGAGACCAUCUUCCAAAAGCUUCGCGAAAACUUUGAAUAAAUCGAGGAGCCAGGGAAGCCUUUUUUCUAACGAGCGUGAAAAAGAUGUGGAGCUCAUCAAAAGCCGAAGCAAAAUCGCGCACCUAGAGAGUCAGAUGAAUGUCCUGGAAUCAGAAAGAAAACGUGCAAGAAUCGAGUUUGAAAAGGAUAGUGGAAAUGACAGGCUUGAACGGAGGAGAAUGGAAGAGAAAUACGAAGACCUACAAAAAAACAUUCAGUAUAUCGCAGAGCAAGAAAAAAACGCCAAAGAUCAGUUGAAAGACCUGAAAAAAGAGUACGAGACUUACCGCAACAAAUCCGAGCAAACGAUUCAAAACUUGCAGAGGGAAAAACUAAAACUGUGUGCAGAAAAAGACGAGGUAUAUACCUUUAUCGGAUCUUCUUAGCUUUAUUUCUACUUUUUUGCGUUUAAGUUGUUUGUUUCACUUCAAAAAAACGCAAAGCAUGAUUUAUUACUGUCGGCUGAGUAUUGAGACUUAUCAAGUGUAAUGCAACGUGUUAAUUAUUUUUCAGUUGCGGGAGGAUUCUAGUAAAAAAGAAAUGGAUUUAAAGAAUUCACUUUUCAGGUAAUUGUUCAGUGAGUGAAUUAGAAAGAUUCCCACAUGAGACCACACCACUCUAAAACAAAGCUUUACUCCCCAAGGUAAUUUAUUAUUUUUGCCAUCAUAAGUUUUAAGAGUUGAUUGUCAACAGGCCAGUUUUUCUCUUCUUCUGUAACAAAGCAAAAAGCUCCACCUUCUCAACUCUAAUUUCAAGCAAAAACUUUUGUCGUAUUACAUAUGCAGUUUAAUUUUGGGGAUUACCUCUUGUAGAAUAUUUCCCAGUUUAAGCUGUAUCAUUUGACACAUUCAGAUCAAUAGGUUGCAUCAGGAUGAAUAUUUAAUGGAUUUAAUCUCAAGAUGUACCCCCUUGCCCCUCACCUCUAUGAAAGUAAAGAAAUGAAAUAUUUGGUCAUAGAGACAGUUUCUUAUUUGGUUUGUUUCAGACAGGGAACUGAGCUAGCUGUGAUGCAAAAUAGACUGGGAGAUACUGAGAGUCAGCUUGAAAAUGUCAAAAGGUAAUUAAAAGUGAUCUCCGUUUAUGCUUCUUAUUACACAGAGUUUCUUUAGUUGGUGAUCAUUUCUUUUAUUCUUUUGUCCUUAAUAUGUGAUUAAGGGGUGAUAUUUUAAGGAGAAAUUAGAUGCCAGUUACUCUCAGGGUUCAAAGGGUUAUGAAAAUGUAAGAAUGUAUGUGCGUAACAUAAGGGUAGAAUAUGUUUGAUUUUGUGGACAAUUCUGAACAAACAAAUUUGUGUAUCCAUGAUGUAUUUUCAUUUACCUUAUAUUUAUAGUACUGGAUAUGUAUAGAUUCUCAUACAUUAAUUUUAAUUUUACAGAAGACUUAGCGAAGUGAUGACUCAGCUGCCAGAGCUUGAGCAGCUAAGAGAACAUUCAAGAACAGCUGAGCAUAGGGUCAAGGUAAAUUGAAGACAUACUUUAGAAUUCAUGUUAUUACAGCGGUGUUAAAACGUUUUGAAGUAGGUGUCAGACUCUGCAAAACUAGGUGACUGUGACGAGUUCAUUAACCCUUUAAAUCUCAAGGUCUCAUUAGUAAUUCUCCCUGCUAUCUCCCAUACAGUUCUUGUGAUGUUAGUUUGGAGAAUUUGGUAUUGGAACAUCCUAUAAUCCCCUUACUGAAAUUUUUCUUUAUUCUCAUCACUUGCCUGCUUGAUAUUGUAUGAAUAUUGUAAUGAGAAAUUCUGUCUUGGUCUCUCAUGGGAGUUAAAGGGUUAAGGGCCAAAAGGUAAUUAUUUUGACCAGAGUAACCAGCCACAUGUUAUCAAGUAGCUGCUCAAACUCUGGUGGUCACCAGCUUGUUUUGAAAUUUGUGUAUUAUGAUGACAUAUUAAUGCAAAUAUAAGAAGAGGCCCUCCUAAUAAAAAAGUGUCACUUUACAGGGUUGGUUUGAGGUUAUAACUUUCUAGGCCAUUUUAUAUAAAAAAGGGCUAUAAAUUUUUUGAAGCAUUGCAAAAGGUUGGAAUUUAAAAUACUUGAAUCUGAUUGGCUAAUCAUGUACUCCUAACAGGUGUAGCCUUUUACAAUCUGGACCAUGGACUGGAGUAUUUUUCUGUGCCAUUCAUGGCAAAGCAAAAAAACAAACCAGCAGGAUAAAAUUAAUAAGUUAUUUAGCAGUGUAGGUCAUUUUGCUUUUGAAAAAUACUGUGGCAUUGGUCUUGAGUAUGGCCCUUGGCCUUUUGAUGGCAAGCCAUACUCAAGACCUUGGACACAGUUUUUUCCCAUAUGGACCUCCUGUGAUAUGUUUAAUUGUCAAACACUUACUUUGUAAGGAAUUGGAGCAGAAGUUAUCCCGCCAAGAUGAAGCUACAGGAGUUGCAAUGGUGAUGCAGACACAGCUUACAAAGUACAGAAAAUUGGAAAAAGAAAAUGCCAAGUUAAAAGAUGAAAAUCAUUAUUACAGGUAGAUCCUUUUAACCAUGCGUUUCUUGGACAUAAUCACAGUGACUGUGCUUCAAUAUUAACUUAAAAAAGCUCAAGAUUAGUGUCAAACUUAAAUAAAAAGUUACAUGCUUCCAUUUAGGCACAUUAGUCCUCAUGAAAUGCCCUUUGCCAUUUAUCAAUAUAUGUUUAAAUUCUCGGAAAUGUACUAAUGCACAUGCAUGCAAAUUAUGGAACAGGACACUAGAAGAAAAUGAUAAAUUGUCACUUUGUACAUUUUGAGUGUUAGUUAGGACCUUAGAAUUGAAAAAAACAAAACAAAGAAUUACAGAAGUUUGCAUUUCCUUCAAGCUGGUUUGAAUGGGGGCCUUCAAUACUUUGUUUCACAAGUUCUGCUAUUUCUUCAUAAAGAAAUGAGCACCCUGUUCCAUAUAAGUGCUCUCCUUGGAGGUACCAUAAAUAAAUAAGUGUCCCAGGCACUAAAUUAAUUCAUUACUGUACUCUCUUAGUAUUUCAUUAUGAUGCACCAUUUUUAAUGAUUGGCCCUUUUAACCACAUUACACAACAAAGUGCAUGUCCUUUUAAAUACUUUUAACCUGUCUACAUGGGUGUUUUGCCUAUUUGCUCUGACAAAGGGCAAACACUUAAAAAAAUAGGCCCAACAAACUCUUGAUGGUGGCCAAAUUUACAUUCUCAACUCAGUGGAUAAAACCAAACAAUAUGUUUUUUAUGUUUACUUGCAUUUGACAGAGAAACAAAUGAAAGUAAUCUUUUGUUAAAAGAGAAAGCAGACAAUUUACAAGGGAAACUGCAGAGAGCAGAGCAAAGAGUUACAGAGUUAAUGAGAGUGGAGAUUGAAAAUGAGGUCUGUAAGUGUGUGUUUUCAUAAGUAAAAACAUUUGGCUUCUGAUAAUCCUUCUUUAAAUUUCUAGUAACCUUCUGUAGUGUUCCUCAAACAGAAAAGAACAUGGCAUUCAACACUGACUCUGAUUCUUAUUCACUAUCAAUUGAGCACUGAUGAAUUGCAUGAAGGUUCAAAACAGGCAAACAAUCUAAAAAAGAAACUACAAUUUGAUUACUAUUUCUGUUUGUGGUUUUGUUUUCUAAUGGCCUAUACUGGCUUUCUCUCUUUUUAGUCAGCGCACUCUCUCACUCCAUGCACAGUUUUCACAGUUUUCCUUGGUUUACAGUAAAAUUUAACCCUUUACACCCUAAUAUCACAAUCCAUAUUCUUCAUGCUCUUCUUGAUACAUUCCUUUGCUACUGGUAAGGAGAAGUUGUUUAACAAUCAAACCCUCUUAGGUUAGUGAUUAUUUCCUUUACUCUCAGGACUCUUAUGAAUGAUUCAGCAGUGUUGCUGUAAGGAGAAACCAGAUGCUGCUCAAUCUUUAUACACGAUUAUUUAUAAAUGGACAGGUUGUGGUUCAAGCAAACCAUAUUCUAGAAUUGUACACUGACAUUUUAUGUCAUGAACACUGUUUGAGAGUGUUUUAAGAACUUAUACUUUGUUUGUGUUUUUGUUGCUGUGCUUUGUAUUUGUUGCUGAGAUUGAUAAAUUAUAAUUAACUUUCUAGGAGCUUAAAAAGAAAAUUCAGAAGUGGGAGACUGAAGAUCUGUCAGGGACAAAAAGGCUAAGGUCUGUGAACCAUAAAUGAUUCUUUCUAAGCGAUUAAUGCUUCAAUUUGCAGUUGAUAUUGUAAGCUGAGUCACACAGACUUUCCUGGUAUGAACAAUCAGUUCACUAAAUUCAAAUUAAUUUACCAUGAUGUUAAAAGAGUGAAAAAUGAUAAGCAACUGAAACUCCAAUAUAUGCUAGACAUUAUAUCGCUGUAACCCACGGAAUUUGUUUCAAAAUGUGGAUAAUUGCAUGUUAAUUUAUUGAAUUUAUAUUUGUUAUCUUCUCUGCCCUGAUUGCCUCUUAAAUGAGGCAACAAUAGCCAGGUAAAAGUCAAGUGAUGUUGAUUCUGCCAUUUUAGAAUAGCAUGUACAUUUUAAUACCUAUUAAAGAUCCAUUUCCCAACAGAUCUCCAGCCCAACUUGCACAAGAUGUUGCAAAUCUUCAAAAGAGCCAAGUGGUGUUAUUAGAAACACAAAGUGAGCUGAAAUCUAGGUAAUCUGGAACCUGCUAUUUUGAUUUGACACUAAAUUCUCUUAACUCGUUGAGAAUAUAUAUGGCCCUUAGGCUAAGGAGGAAUAAUUACUAUAAUUCAAGUGAUGGGAUUUUUAAGAGUUGCCUCUAUCUGAGCAGAACUUUACAUCAGCCUGGCUGUACAGUUAAUCCCUGUUGUCAGCUGUUCAUGCAGGUUGAUUGUUCCUUGUUGUUGUUUUGUUUUUGUUGUUGUUUCUUUUUUUUAGUGCACAGAUUCAUGAGACAGCUUAUCAGAGAGCAGUGCAGGAGUUGGCAGCUGUUAAAAAGGAGUCAGCUGAAUUUAAGGUAAUCAUCCAAUUACAAGAUGUCGAAGGCACCAGUGAAGGGUGAUUUAAUCACAAAACAGGCUUGUUGGGGUAAAGUGCAGUAAAAAUGAUCCAUAAUUCAUGCUUUGAAUUGACUUUGUUGUGUGUUAAUUUUUUUCAAUUACUAGGAGAAUGGUGAGCGACAAAAAGAACUAAAUCAAAGACUUCAAAGACGCUUGUUUCUUGUGACAGCUGUAAGUCUUGGAUUUGAAAAAAAGAUCGUUGACAUGCAGUCAAAAAUUUAAAAUUUGAAAGAAGACAUUGUCUCUGAAAUUUGUUCACUUCCACCUUUUUUUGUUAUUACCCCUCCCCCCAGGAGCGUGACGGCUGCCGCAGAAUCCUUGACACUUAUGACAGUAGCUACUCUUCAAAUUACGAUCCUCAAAUACGCUCCAGGUUACAAGAGGUGGGUUGAGGAGAUACGUUUAUGUUACAGCUAAAAUUCUCAUUAAUUAGGAUAUUUUCUAACAUGUGACCAUCCGGCGUGUAAACGUCGUGAAACUUUAUGGACAUUUUAACAACUCAGUUUAUUCUCAAGCAACCACUUAAGCUCUGGUCAUUAUCUAUUGCCCUGGGGGGGUCGGAGAGUUUUUUUUGUAACGAUAACAUUGACCUGAUCCCCCCCUAAAGCUCUGUAAUAUCCUAAUGACUCCCCCCUCCCCUCUCAGUGUCAGUCGGUCAAUUUUUUUAUAUCCUCCCCUUUAAGCUCUGUUAGAGACGACUGAUCCCCCUUCUUUCCUCCUUUAAACCCUAGGACCCUCCUCAAUAAUCUCCUCCCGCCCUUCCCCCCCACACGAUAAAUAGUGAAUGGUCCAUCACUGUACGAAUUUUUUUUUUUGGAAUUCAACCGUGUUUUGUUUUCGUCCUUUAACAGGCGGAAGAUCGUCUCAAGACAUGCCACGAACACAUCGAAACAUUGGAGGUGAGUUACGUUCAAAUUUCUUUUUAAGGUCUGUUGGUUCAGAGUAGUGUUUGGUAAAGCAAGCCCCUGUAUAUUGCAUUUUCAUUCCGUUAACUUCUGUGAUAAAUCUCCACAUGAGAUAACUAUCAGAUAUGCCAUCAAGAGUGUUUUUAUUCUUCAAAAGUUAUAGUUUUAUUCUAGAAAAUCAUAAACGUUUUUGAGUCAAGUAAUCUGAUUCGGCUGUACUAAACUUCAACACAAAAUAAUUUAAUUCGGAAAGAAAACCUUUCUCUAUUACCGUCACCUAACUUUGAGUUCAUCAAUUUCGGCUUGGUUCGAGGUGCAUUUUGAAGUAUUCUCUGAUUGUGUUUUUAUUUUUUGUCGCGGAAGCCCAAGAUGGCGCUCUUAUUUUGCUACAAAAUCAUGUCCUCAUUCUUGAUGUGUGAGUAAUGGGGGCCGAAGGGGCCUCUUCAGAGACUGAAACUGGAUGAAGUUAAUAAGUAAGCAUCGGAUGUAUCUGUUUUGUCGUUUCACAGCUUGAAGUGAACCAGAAAUCCGGCGAAACAAGCAGAGAAAGACUCAGGGCUAAUCAGGUAUGCAAUUGUUAUAAUUACAUUGAACGAUUUUAAUAUCAAUAACCGGCACAACAAGCGUCAUUUCCCCUUUCUCCCCUUUUUUUUGCGUUUUUCAGGCGAGUGGGGGUAAACGAGAAAGGUGAGUGUCGCACUUUUCCUCUCGCGCGUGACUCACCCUUCCCACUAGUGACUCACCCUUCCCACUAGCCUCGUGUUCACCUCUAUUUGCCUGAAAUAAGCAAAGAGAAGACUACUGUUCCGUAAGCAAGACAAACUGAGGAGAGGCGUUUGCUGCUCUCGAAGGGUUUUUAACAGAUAUUUGCCCAGUAUCUCUAUCGAGCAGAUGUUAAAACAUAUACUAAAUGUAUGAAAGUAUUUUAGGGUACGAUGAUUAAUAAUUUUUUUGAUGCUAUUUAUACAGCUUGAGGUUGAAAACUGCGAAUUGCGAGACAAGGUUUCCAACCAAACCGCAGCUAAACCUGCCGACAGCGCCUUGAGGUAACUGUUUUUUUCCAGUUCAUGGAUUGUUUUCAGAGAAGUUUCUCAAUUUUGUCUAACAGCUGACCCUGUUCAGUUUUUGAUUGGCUUAGUAGACAUAUGCCGUCCAUUUGAUCCAUGUCAAGCUGUCAUUUCUCAGCCAAUUAGGUUUAACAGGCCACUGUGAAUGGACACUCUUCGGCUAGAUUGUUUUGAAAUCUGAUUGGUUUAUGAGGGCAUGACGUAUGCUGCUCAGUUCGAUCACCCUCAUUUUGAUUGGAUGAUUAAAAUCUGAAAUUAUUGUUUAGUUGGCCGGACUAAGAUUUCUGAAAAAACUAGGACUGGCUGGAAAAAACUUCUUUAUUUUUAACCUUUUGAUUAAGGACGUCGAAAAUGCGUGACACCGGCCUUGAGGCACUGAUGAACGGAAUCGCGACAGUUGAGUUCACUGUAACAGGUCACAGAAUAGAUCUUUUUUAGGAUCAUGCGUUUAAUUAAGUUCUCAAAUUAAAACCUCAUAACCUGUAAUUUAAAGAGUUUCUAUUUAAACAAUGUAUUUCUCACAGGAUAGAGUUAGAAAAACUACAGACGGAGAAUGCCAAGCUACAAGAACAGCUGGAAAUUUACGAAAUCAACAAAGACCAAAUGCACAUGCGGGUAUGGUUAUUAAUGGAGAUCAUUUAUUAGACAGUCGAAACUCAUUACAGUUAGCUCUUCGUUUUGAAAAUUUUUGCAUUGAUCCGUGUUGGGAUCAACACUAGUAUAUGAGAAACUGCGCACCUACCCCUCCCUUAACCCAACAUUAGUCAACUGAUAAUAAUUUAGGGGGUUAGAGGAGAGGUAGGUGCGUAGUUUUUCAGCUACUGUCAUUGAUUCCUUGUGUUGUGGGACCAAAACAGCGGCGAUCGGGUCUUUUUAUAACUGCAGCGAACAAUACAUACGACUGAGAUAAGUUUUUUCGGACAGAAAGGAUCAGAAGAUGUGGUUUAACUCGGUGAUAACUUCUUCAGUAGUUUCCGAAUUUCAGUAUUGUGAGGUAACUAAUGGGAUUCUCAAGAAAUGGGUCCCUGCUCCUCUGACCUGCAUCUUUGUACCUCCAGGGUUAUUACGAUCCAACUAAAACCAAGAUUGUCCAUCUGUCGAUGAAUCCAUCCAGUGUCGCUAAACAACAGCGUGGGGAGGAGCUGGAAAAUCUGCGGAAGGAGAACGAAUAUCUGAAGAGGAGACUAACGGUCGUGGAGGAGGGAGGCGGCAGCCCUAAUGACACUAGUCUCCUCGGCAACCUCGGUCCUGAGACUGCACCAAGUGUGUUCAAACAAGUGGAAGGUUAGCCUUUAAGUUCCUGGUAUGCGGGUAGACUCUCCAGGGCACUGCGGCUCAAGCGCCGAAGCAGCGAGAAACGAGCCAAAUAAGAAACCUGCGCAUUUAAGUCUCCCGGUUCCGCCGCUCGUGCUACAGCGCCUGUGAGAGCCCCCAUGCAUUAUCUCAUUCAUUACUCAUAGGAUGCUAGUUAAUACCUAAUCAUUGCUCCUUAUUUAACACGGUUAUGAGGGCAGCUGCCGGUCCCAUCAAAAUCUUAUUAUCUUCCUUCUGAGCAAGAUUGAGAUUUUGUCAUUUUCUCAACAGAUUUUAAAGCACAGUUGUCCUCGGCAGAGAUGAAAAAUCAGCGCUUAAAAGAGGUAAAACAAAGAAGAGGUUUGUUGCAACAGUUUAAAUGAAUCGCAUGUAAGCGUACUCGUGUACCAUGCGUGCCACAGAAGUCAGAGCACACUCGCUCUCUAGAACAAACUUGCAAGAAAAAGUGUAACGCAAUCUUUUCCAGCGUGUUAACAUGUCACGUAACGUUUUACUGUCAGGUUUUCAAGAAGAAGAUUCAAGAAUUUCGUGAGGCUUGCUAUGCCUUAACAGGCUACAAGAUUGAUGUCAUUCGAGACAAUCAGUAUCGGCUUCAGUCCAUGUAUGCUGAGAGAUCUACGGACGAUCUGUUAUUUGAAGUAAGUUCUACAGCAACAGAAUAUCAACAAUAUUCUCUUGUUCUACAGUUGAUUAAGCUUACUGUACAUCUAAACGUUGGUAACGAACUGAAGAUUUUUUGAGACAUGAGCGGCAACGGUGUUAUAUCAUAUCCAAUUUUUUUUGCUUGGUAAAUCCGUGUUAAUCUUUUAAGCUAUUUUUAAAGAAAAAGUAUUUUAACGAAAAUUUGACUUUACCUGAUAACUGCCUCGUGUUUGACCUUGUCGCGUUUUUUCUUUUUUUUUCCCAGAGCAAUGUUAAAGGUGAAAUGAUGUUGCUAGCCACGGAUUUUUCCUCUCAGCUAACGGAUCAAAUAUCGACUUAUUUGAACAGAUUUAACUCCAUCCCGGCCUUCCUGAGUAACAUCACACUAGAACUGUUUAAUAGACAAACUCAAACUAUAGUUAUUAACUGAUAUUUCGUGCAGUUGUGCAGAGAUUGAUGUGCGUCACUCGUGCUGAGUAACGACUUGCAAAUCUUGAAAAAUUUUGUUUAGUUUGCCGUCUACAGUCCAUGUCAAUUUUGUCCAUCCUGCACUAUGUUUGAUGUCCUCGCUGGAGUUCUCUGUUUUCUUCCCCCUAAGGUACUGAUAAAAGACGUCAAUUAACCUUCGUAGAGGGCAGGGAGCCAAUCAAGAAAUCGUAGAGCCAGUUAAUAUUCCUAACUCUUUCUUCCCUUUUGAACGACGCCCUCUGUAUCACUCCCGUUUCUCAACUGUGAAAUUCAGUCGUGGAUAGUGUAAGAUGGUGAGAUCCUUAUGACGAACCUGGAAGCUAUCAUAGCUAGAGUUACUCAUCUCAGAGGGGCUUUCAAUUAAUUUGGUAACCCUCUAUUGGACUUAAUCCAAAUAAAUCAUAGCCAGAAUGAGCCAAUCAGAAGUCGAGGUUAAAACGUGCACCAGUGAUAAGCGCGGGAAGCGUGCGUCAACGCUUCUUUUUGGGCUAAAAUUUAAUUUGCGCUUACCAGUCAGGUUAAAGCUCCGGGAAUACAAUUUCAAAACG